AUGGACCCAGACAAUCAAGAUGCUCUCAAUAGUAUUGAGAAUUCCAUUUAUAGAACAGCCUUCAAAUUAAGAUCAGUGCAAACCACAUGUCAAUUGGACUUGAUUGACAGUUCCCAGAUUCAGCACAUCCUACUACGCCCGAGUUUCUGGGAAGCACGAGAGAGCCUGCUCUCCAUGCAGCAUCUCUUCCAGGCCCUCCAGGAGCUGUUCCAGAGAGCCAGGGAGCAGCCGGGCCCCGCGCACCCCGGGGCCGCGGAACUCACCCUGAGCCUCCUCAUGGCCAUGUAUGACAGCACAGGAACUGGCUUUCUCAAGCUUACACCUGCAGCUGCUGCUCUGAUUGCCCUCUCAGGGGACAGCCCUCUUACAAAAUACAGAGCUCUUUUUCAGCUCUAUGCAGAAAACAAGAGGGGAGGUUAUGAUUCCGGGGCACGUAUGACCCGAAGGACUUUGAGGAACCUACUAACAGAUCUACAGCAGAUCCCAGCUGUCGUGGGUGAGAGCCGCGCUCUGUGCUCGGUGGAAAGUGCUACACGCAGCUGCUUCCAGGGGGUGCUGAGCCCAGCGAUCAAAGAGGAGAGAUUCCUCUCUUGGUUACAGUCUGAGCCUCCCAUCCUCCUGUGGCUCCCCACCUGCUACCGACUGUCGGCCACGGAGAUGGCCACGCACCCUGCUCGCUGUGGCAUAUGCAGGAACUUCCCCAUCACGGGGCUGAGGUACCGCUGCCUGAAGUGCCUCAACUUUGACAUCUGCCAGAUGUGUUUCCUGUCCGGUCUCCACAGCAAGCCCCACCAGACAUCUCAUCCUGUGGUUGAGCACUGUGUCCAGGAGAUGUCUGCAAAGGAGUACACCAAACUCCUCCUGGGGACCCUCAGGAGCAACCUGCUGCAAGAGUGCUGGCAGAGGAAAGAAGCUACGAGAAGGCAGCGGCUGCUGAGUCUGGGGAAGCCAGAGGCCCUGGCUGACGGCUCCCAGGCCAGGUUCCUUAAAAAAAAGUUAGACCGAUACAAAGACAAGUUGCAAGCCUUAUACACCUCCCAAGAAGAAAAAUGUAGCAGAUUUGAGACAAAGAUUCACGAACUCACAGCCAACCAGGACAGUCUGUGGGCCAAGCUACAGCAACUGGGACGGGAGUCACAGGCAAAGUUUCAGCCACUCCAUCCAUCUUCCUAUCAAAAUAUGAUUUCCAAGGGUGACCAUGAAAAGGGUAAAAUGUUUUGGAAGAAAGAAGGUUCUUCCCAGAACAGGGAUGCCAGUGUGGAUGGUCCGGAAUGGGAACCUCUUCUUAACCCCACUGUGAUGGACAAAAGUCAACAAAGUCAAGCAAAAGUAGAGCAUGCUCUACCAAAUUCAGAAUCACCAGAGGCAGUUUUGCAGCCAAGGUCAACGCAAAGCACCAGGGCACAAAGCCAAGCACAAAAGACCUCAGAGGAAAUCUUUAGCUCCCCAACCAGUCCCCAGGAAGAACUGCUACAAGAAACUCCCCAGAUUGCUCCUACAGAAAUCAACAGUCCUGCUCUGGACACCAUGGAAAGGAAAGAGACAGUUAAUAUCCAGGAGGAAAAGGAUGAGCUGGAGGAAGAGGAACUGCAAGAACUGCUAUCAAAACUUAUGGAUGCCUUCACUCUAGAAAUGCCAGCAGAUCCUCAGUCUUCCAUAAACACGGACCUGUAUCGUGGAGCUGAGCAGGUGAGCAGGGCCUUCUCUGCCCUUGUUGAUCAAAUCACCUUGCCCAACUGGAAGUGA